ACUCAAAUGAAUUCUGACAUUGAUCCUGCGUACACUAGAGUAUAUCACAAAUUUUCAUUAAAGUAUAGAAGGGUCAUAGACAAGUACUAUUCUACUCAUUGAUUUAUAGAUGGAUUAUGCAUCGAGGAAAAAGAUGGGGAUUUUGUGUCUUAUUACUCAUUUAUUACAUUAGCAGACUUGUUGAAACCUAAAGUUAUUUUGUUGUAUCCUAUAUGCUCGGAGUCUAAAUAAUUUAAUCUUUGUUGAGAUACUUUACACCACUAGGGCUUCCUGAUAUUGAGGACGAGGAUGAAGAUGUCGAUAGUAAUUCUUUCAAAUAUCUCAUUAAGUAUAACUUCCUUAGCAUAAUGACGACAGACCUCUAAUUAGAUCGAUGCCUGAAAUUUAAUUAUGGGAAUAACUUACCAUUGCUCUAUUCUUAUCAAAUUUUGCAACAUUUUUUGUAAUAUUUGAUCUUCCCGUCUAUUGGCCGUUCUUGUUCAGCUAUUUCAUUUUAGUUACGAUCAUAACUUUUAAAAAAUAUCUGAAGCACAUGCAGAAAUAUGGAUAUAGUUGGGGAGAUUUCUCAAAGAGGUGAUUGUAAUUAAUUUUAAUAAAACAUUGC